AUGUGUGUGUUAAUGUGUGAGAAACAAAGAGGGAGGAGUCCAGAUGAAUCUGUGUGUGUGUUUUAGCUGAGUGUGAGCGUGAGCGUGUUUGUGUGUGUUUCGGUCACCAUGGUUUUCCUCAGACGGACACUGCUGCUCCGGUACCUGCUGCUGUCGACCAUGUUGGCUCUGUUGCUGUUCGUCAGCUCUUUCUGGCUGCCUCAGGGUGGACCCCGGGACUGUGGCAGCCCCUGGCAGCCAUGUUUGAAUUUUUAUCACCAGACGCCAGAGCCUCCGUGGACCCCUGACUGGUGGGCAGAGCCAGAUGGAGUCCUGUCACUCAUAGAGGAGUGUCCUGGCCAGUCGUUUCAGGCCUGGCGUCUGCUACUGUACCUGAAGUCCAGCCUGGCUGAGGACAAUGACAUCCUACUGGAGCCAUACCUCCAGAGCUGGGAUCAGCUCCUCAAGUUCAUGGAAUCGCUCGGGCCAAUGGUCAGUUUCUUCUCUCAGAAGGUACAAGAAAAAGUUGUGCUGAUUCGAGAGCUGUCACUCAAACACAAGGCAGAGACUCAUGGGAAACCAGCUGGAUUGCAACCCCCAGAAGCAUUUGGAUUAAAAACAGAGGCUUAUCAUUCGGUUCGAUCCAUGAUGGAAGCAGAGCUGAAAGCAGGCAUGGUCAGCUUCUCCCACCGCACAGAUUCAGGUUGCCGGACACUGCUCCGGCUGCAUCGGUCCCUCCUCUGGCUGAAGCUGAUGUUGGAGGGUUUGGCUGAAGGCCCCGAUGCCGACGGACAAUAUAAAACACCAGGAGAGCUGGGCAGGGAUGCCUACAAAGUGGCAUUGGCCCCCCACCACCCGUGGGUGCUCCGGCAGGCUGCAGAAUUUGUCUUCCUUGCCCUCCCCAACAGAAAGUACUUCCUGCAGCUGGUAUGUGUAGAGAACCAACAGGAAGCCACACCCAUCCUGCGCAUCAUGAUCCACGCCCUGAACCUGGUGCACACACAAACUCAGCUACUUCUGACCGAGCAAGACAUGCUGGAGCUGCCCUGAUGGACCAGCUCAGUCUCAUGGCAGUUUGUGAAAUAGUCACAAUAUUUAAGUCGUAAAUCUCUGUUUUGUGACAUGAAUUUUCCCAUUUUUGAAUGUUCCAGGGCACAAACACUGUCUUCAGUCUCCUCAUUUUCAGUUGAUCAGUUUCAUAGCAGGCACUAAUGUACUUCUAUGGAGGGAAAAUACAUUUGGAGGCUACUACUUGGUUAGGCUUUGGCACUAAAGAACUACCCAGCUAGAUUUAUGCAGUAAAAACUACCCAGUUAGAUUUGGGCCUUUAAAAAAAAGGUAGAUUAGGUUUAAAGGAAGCUCACUGUUUGGUUUUAAAUUAGACAGUUGCUACAGACAUGAAACACAUCACUUUCACAGGUGUUCCAUGCCAAAAGAAAAUCCCAAGUUAUGUCUAUGAACAUUUAUUUCACACUUUUCCUGGAGACUGAGUCUGACCCGUGGACACCAGCAACAUAAAAAAAAAUGGCUUCAUGUAAUUCACGACCGAGAUGGAAAUGUCAGGAACAAAACAAAAAUGUCAUCUCAAAACGUCAGAAAGGAUUCUUCAGACUCCAUACAAAAUGGCAUAUUAAGGAAUUUUCACAGUGCUGUUUAUUAGGAACAUUAAUUUAUGUCAUGACAAACAAGCAAGCUCAUUUUUUUCUUUUUUUCAAACAUUUUUAUGACCAGUCCUGAAUAAAUACAAAUUGUAGCAGUAUUGCAAGUGCAGCAGCAUUUUUUAGAAAUAAGGGAAUGAAAUAUGAGAAGGACAAUAAUAUCUAAAUAAUAUCUAAAGAAACACCAGAAAACCAGGAGACAUUUUGCCAUCAAAUGUGUGCUGAAUUUAUGGAAAACACACACUUGCCAGGAACACCUGGCAGUCCACACAAGAACGCACAAUGGCGAGACCAUACCAGUGCACCAUCUGUGAAAACGCCUUCAUCCAGAACCACUGUCUGUAAAUACAAAUGAAGAGCCACCAGGCAAAAAGAAAACUUUCUCCAGUCCAUCAGCAUCCUAAAAGACACAGAAAACUGCAGCUUCUUCUUUAUUUUAUCAGUUUUAUAAACACAUUAACUCAUCAGCUUCCGCUUUUUACAUCUGAGAGUUUCUGCUUUUUUUUUUAACUGAAUUUUUUGAUGAACAGUUUGAUACUAAAACAUGUGAUUCUCAGACCUUUAUUUUUGGCCUUUAAAACAAGCAUGUACUCUGUUAAACAGUUUUACUAAAUUAUUAUUCGAUAUUAAUGCCCAAACAUUUAAAGCACUGAAGGAACUACUGUUUUAAGUAAAAAGUUCUGAAGGAUAUUUGGGUAUUGAAAAAUGUUAGUAGUGUACACUAUGUGCUUUUAUUGAAAAGAAAUUUAAAUGCUUAAACUAUUUUAACUCUUCAUCGUUUUUCUUUUUACACACUAACACUGAUAAUUGUCUUAAAAUGUUCAUAAAGGGGUUUUAAUAGGAUUUUGUCUGUCAGAAAAAUGUUUGGUUACUAUUGAAUUUCAUCCUGCUUUUUGAGUGUGUGUCUGAAAACACUCACAAAUAAAAAACAACAGCAAUACAGGUAACAGGGUGGACAAUAUAUAAAAGGAGUAACAUCACACCAGAGAAAACUUUACCUACCUUAUACUAAACCAAUGGGAACAUGCUGUUUUGCUUUGAUUUCAUGGAUAGAGAAUGGCCCAAAAUAAAAUCAGUUACAUUAACUAGAUGAAAAGAAAUAAUUUUGAAUUAUACUGCUCUUAUAUUUCAUGUCCCAUUCAUCCUUAAUUCACUCAUUUAAAGAAAAUUAUUACAAUCCUGUAAAAGUUUUAAAGUUUCUAACAUCUAUUAAAUAAAAAUUUUAACCAUUUUAGAAAUGUAAUAUAUAA